GCGGAAAUUAGAAUAACCAGUCUAGCCAGUCGUGUUAUAGUCAGCGCACGGUGUACAUCUAUUCGGUAUCGAGUGGAGAUUUUCCGAAAUACCGCCCACUCUCUUUUUUUCUAUUUCGUUUCGCUCGCCGAAAAACAGAAUUUCUCUCGAGUCUGAUCACCAAAAUAUAGAAUAGAAUUCGUGAAAGUUCUCUCGAUCGAAUAUCCAUGAUUCCGUUCGAAUGGAAAGCUCAGGUUUUUGCGAGUUCCAGAUAAUUUUUUGCUUCUCUUCCCGUUGAUCGAUUUUGGAUAUAUCGAUAGGAUUGCGUCAUGACAGGUCUGAAUUUAUCGAAGGCAGCGUGAUGCCACGGGAGCCCGCGAGGGGAUAUCUGUUGACCGUGUUACUGUUAUUGCUCGGUCUCCAUAAGGCUGGCUGCUCGACAUCCGCUCCUCAAUAUCCGGUCUGUAAACCGGGUCUCGAAUUUUGGUCCGUCGAGCGUGCCACCUGUUGGCCUUGCACCAGAUGCGCCCCUGAGUUCACCUUGAGCCCCUGCGCGAUUUACAAGGAUGCGAUCUGCGGCCCGCUCCCGGCCCUCAAGCUCCAUUGGCCCUUCCUCUCGACCGUCACCCCGAAGAUGCUAUGGAGAUUUCCGGACAUGGACCGCCAGCAGAUCCGACAACAGUCGAAGGACAUCGCCGAUCGACCGGAUUUCGAGGAGGACGUCGGAUUGAAGCCCAGUGAUCAGAGGACCAGCGAAACACAGACACGCAAAGCGUCUGGUUCGGGGGAGAGGAUCCUGUGGGAUUGGCAAACCGCCGCGCUGAUCCUCGCCGUAUGCGCGUGCAUUCUGUUCUUCUUGGUCGCAGGAUGCUCGGCUUUGGUCUACGCGAGACAGUGGCGUCGGAUGAAGAAGAAUUUCGAGCCAGUGGGUUUAGAAGAAAUCUCGACUCGACUGAAUUUAAUGGUGAAGGCGGAGCUGGCCGAGCUGGUUGCAGGUGCACCUGUGCACGCGGCUGAUCCCGAAAGGCGGUGUCAAUAUUUGGAGAAACUCUUAGAUCGGAAGAGGGAAACUCCCGUGAUGGUCAGUUGGCCGGAAGUCACUGGGAAUCUUUACAUAGAGGAGGGCGAGCCUGCGAAAGGGAAGACUGUUCCGAUCGGCAGAAUUCAUCGGAACAUCGAGACGAUGUUCAACCAGAAGAACAAUUCCAUGGAGCAAUGAGACGGCGGAACGCGGACAGGAUCGGUCGCCUUUUCAAAAAAGGCGUCCAACUGAAAAUACAUCCGGCGACAAUUUGUAUUUAUAUUUUCUAUUUAUGACCACGGCGAGGGACCUGCGUAUUCGUGUCGUUCGAUUGUAGAAAUACGAAGACUGUACUCGUCGCAUCGACGCGAUUAGAUAUUUAAUUAUCUCGGACUUAUUUUUUAAACGCUUCGGUAUAGAUUCUGUUACUAGGAAAUUAUACAAUGUGAAAUUUAUCGAAUGCCGCAAGUAGAACGACGCUCGAGUGCAAGAUACUUCCGAAGAUUAGGGGCAGUCGGAUAAUAUACGCGUGUCGUAUCAAUCGACCGGAUAACAGUUUUAUUUGAAAUACGACAGUGUAGUUCUCUCGAUUCUCCAUUCUUACAUUGCGAAUACUAUUGUCCCUCAGGUAUUUUCAACGCGGUGUGCGGGUAGAAAAAAAAAACGCC